AUGGGCAGCGAUCCCGUAGACUCGUUUUCUGAUGAGAGAAAACAAUUUCGUUACUCGCCCGCAUAUACCGCGCUAUCCAUUUUUUUGGAUGACAUCAACGAAAGCAUACGGGAACGCUCUUACAGCACCGACCCACAAAACUUUGUAAUAUUACUGUUGAACAGAAUCAACGAUAAAAUAGAGAGCACGUCCCUGAACACUGGGCCACAGCGUUUUGCUAACUGUGCUGUUGCAGAGGUGUAUGAAUUCGUGGAGGGUAUAAAAUUGAAUUUCGGUGGAUUCACGGGAUUAAAUGACGACGAUCGGCGCAUUCUGCAUCUGUACCUCGAUCAAAGUUUCGGAAGCAAGCAUCGUUUUGACUAUGGCACCGGCCACGAACUUUUCUUUCUCAGUUUUCUGUACGUGUGCAACCAGCUCGCCAUUCUUUCGAUCGAUGAUAUGGAGGGAAUUUUCCAAAAAUAUUUCCAGGUAGUUCGCAGCCUCAUUUAUAAGUUUAACCUUGAGCCAGCAGGCUCACACGGUCCCUGGGUCAUCGACGAUUACCACUUCAUGCCCUUCCUCUUCGGAAGUGCGCAGCUUAUCGACACGAAGCUGACAUUCACAGACCUGUUUAAGAAUGAAAACUCGCAUCUCCUGUACAGCGAAGCGGUGUUGUUCUGUAUUAAGCAUAAGUGCAGGUUUGUCAAAACCGAUUUCAGAAAGCACUCAGCAGCACUGUACUCAAUCAAGGAUAUUGACUGGAAGAGUAUCAACGAGCGUGUCAUGGAAAUGAUUGAUGAGGAGGUGAUGGGAAGAGAUGUGGUCACGCAACACUUCAUUUAUAGCAAGUACCUGAGAGCACAGAGUAAGUAAAUUAAACAUCUACGCUGCCAAUGAUGCCCGUCUCUGCUAUGUAUGCGUUAUGUCAACCCUGCACCUUUUGGUGUGCGUCCAUGGUUUGAUUAAACUGCGCUUUUACCCCUAUUCCGUAGUUCAAGGUUGUACUCCGUUUUAAGCGC